UCUCAGUCUGGUAGGAUUAAUGUCGAAGAUGAUUUAUGACGCCCUCACACGUUACUCACAUAAAUGUAAGCAACAAACUUCUGCGAUGAUCUGUAAUUUUUUAGAAAUGUUCACUAGACAAGAUUUAUUUUAAUAUUAAAAUAAAUACAAUUGUGUCAUUUUGAAGAUGAUCGAUAUGGAUAGAAAUUUUCCAAACAUUUUAGUAACAGGUACACCUGGAGUAGGAAAAAGUUUAAUGUCACGUAUUUUAUCUGAGAAGACUGGAUUAACCUGGAUUGAUGUUAGCAAAUUUGCUAUUGAAAAAGAAUGCCUAGAAGGAUAUGAUGAAGUAUAUCAGUGUCCUAUUUUGGAUGAAGAUAAGUUAUUGAAUGAAAUGGAACCCCUUAUGUGCGAAGGUGGAAAGAUUGUUGAUUAUCAUGGAGCUGAUUUUUUCCCUGAAAGGUGGUUUGAUAUUGUUUUUGUAUUACGAACAGACAACACUAUUUUGUAUGAUCGUUUAAGAGACAGAGGUUAUACAGGAAAAAAGUUAGAAGAUAAUAUAGAUUGUGAAAUAUUUCAAACUAUUCUUGAAGAGGCAAGGUUAGCUUAUAAAGAAGAAAUAAUUCACGAACUGACAAGUAACAAUUUAAAUCAAAUAACAGAAAAUGUGAAUAGAAUAUGUCAAUGGAUUGAACAAUGGAAAAUAGAUAAUGAACAAGAAUAAUUUAA